AUGACUUCAACUUCUAAUCAUCACCAUCAUCACCACCAUAGUAAUAAUCCCAAUUCAAUCUCAAGACGUUAUCAUUUAAUCACCGAUCAAUCUCUCAAGAAUGAUGAUGGCAAAUUCAUCUUGAUCAACUCCCAAGAAUUAAAACUUUAUCAAUCUUGGCGUUCAACUAUCAAUCAUCAGAAAUCAAAUCACAAUCAAUCUUAUCUUCAUCAUCGUUUGAUUUAUAAUUUAAGCAAUUUACCCCAAGCUAAAUGUUACGAUUGGUUUACUAGUCCUAAUCAUCAAUGCGACCUUCUCGCUGCUGGAACGUACAAUGGAAGAGCCUAUGUCAUCAAGCUUCCUAAACUCAAUCAAACUUUCAACAAAUCAAACAAUUCAACUUCAAAUUCCAACCUCAACCAAUCACCUCUCAUUGGCCAUUCCACCUUGCCUUCUAGCUCCAAUCUUCGUCCUUGUACUGCUAUAGCUUUCUCUCCUUCUGGUCGUCUCAUUGCACUUGGACUUGAAAAAGGAAGAGAUUAUGGAUUGCAGAUACUUGAUAUUGAAGGUCUAUCAGAUCGUUCGAAUUCUACAGCCAUGGAAACACAUCUUCAAAAACCUUCCAUUGCACAUGCUGUGAACUCGGAGACUAUCAAUGCGCUUGGAUUUUUAUCCGUCACUCCAGCUUCGCAUCAAUCUUUGCUUUUAGUAGCCAGCUCGACCAAGUCAAUCAGACUUUAUGAUUUACGUUCACCUGGUUUGAACUCUAAUGAGCGUGGCCCUCGAUCGUCCCUAUCUACUUCGCAUCCUAUCGUAUCUCAGGUACUCAAUCCUAAUGGUCAAUGGGUCACUCGUUCAGUCGUUGGAUUCAAGUCCGAUCCAUUUGAUCCUCAUCGUUUUGCCUCAUGGGGAGAUGACGGCUGUGUAAGGAUCUGGGAUACCCGCAAGACCACCGAAAGUUUACUUUUGCUUUCUGAGGACAGCGUCAGUCAUGAAACUCGAUCUACUUCGGCUCGUUCCAGCAAAAACCCACCCAUGUCCUUAGGUUCAAGUUCGAUUCAAUCCUUGACCUGGUCCAAAUCCAGGAAAGGUGUCUUGGUCACCCUGUCUGCCGAUCCUCAACGUGUCAGAGUUUGGGACCUCGUCGAAGGAUCGAUACAGUCUACGGCAUUGCGCAAUCGUUCCGAAGGAAUGACAUCUUUGAAGUCUUGGGAUAAUGUACCCGCCUCACUCACAAACGCUAGUGCUUAUCGAAACAGUGCCCAGUCUUCUCCAGUAGCAUCAUCACAAGAAUCUCCACGAAUUUCUGCUUACACAGUAUAUUCCACUCGUUUACUCAAGCCAUUGAAAAGGACUUCUCAGAUAAUAGCGGGUGUCCGCAUUCCUACAAUCACUUCAUCCGAACGAAUCCCUGGUCCUGAUUCAGUUUUCGAAGAGAUUUCGGAAACCUAUCUAGGUAUCUCGCGUGAUGGGCACUUAGAGUUCCUGGAAUCUCGACCAUCAGGGGAAGCUGCUUUUGGAUCCAAAGGCAAUAUGGUCAUCAGCGAUGGAAUGCGUCUCAGAAUUACCGCCCGUCCUUCGAAUCAGGAUGAUAAGGUGUCGUGCAGUACCAUACCGGAUCUUCGUCUGCCCAUCGCAUCCCAAGUAGCAAGUCCGGAGAAUCAGGCUAGCUAUAUCCCUAGCCCGGCUUUUAGUCCAUCAAUCUCUACUGCAUUGUCUGAUGCUGGUCUACUUACGCCACGUCCAUUGGGUUCUGAAGGAUAUCCCUAUAAUCAAUCUCAAUCACAUCAUCGUCCACCUUUACCAAGCGAUCUCGCUGAAUUACAACUUGCCAACAAGUUCGGUCGUCAUUUGACCGUCAAUUCAACCUGGGAAAACUCGAUGGGCUGCGAUAAGAGCAAAGAUGGACAUUUGCUUCAGAAUGAUAUAUCUGCAAUCAUGAUGAAGCGAGCUUGUGUAGGAUAUGGUACAAAUCUCCUGAGAAAUCAACAACUUACGUCCGACAGCCCAGAGUUGUCUGGGUUUUGGGAAUGGAUCGCACACUCAGAAAAACUCUUUCAACAAGGAAACGGAAUGGUGAACGGCUACGACUUCAGCUUCAGAGGCGUAUUAUCAAUUAUGAGGGGAUUUACCACUGGGACUGGUCUUCGAUCGGAAGUCCCUAACUGUCAAACCUAUAAACAUGCAAUCUCAAGCACAUCGGAUGCAUUUGCACACUCCGAUCCAAGCCUACGUACUUCUCAUAGCAGAAGGUCAAAUUCACGUAAUCCAGAUCAACAGAAAGAAUUGUCUAAAUAUAUGAAAUCUGUUAGACAAUUCAAUCAUACCAAUCAGAUCAAUAACUUUACAAUUUCAUCCGAGUUUAGUGAUCAACGACAAACUGCUCUGUUCCUUUGUGGACCGGAUUACAAUUCUAAAGAUAUCGAUCAAAUCGCUUCAAAGUAUGAAGCUUUGGGGAUGUAUGGUAAAGCUAGUGCGAUUUCAUUCUUUUCUGGCAACACGCAAAGAGCUAUUACCAGUCUACAGAGGAGCAACGAUACCCAAUUGCAGCUUCUCGCCCCACCACUUGCAACUCACCUCAAUACGCAAAGAUCAGGACAUCCCCGUGACCCACUCUUCGAUCAAGUCUGUCGACAAUUAGCCAAUGCUGCUGAACCUUAUAUUCGGGCUGUCUUUUCAUAUUGCUCUACUGGAGAUUGGCAUGAGGUAAUUGAUGAAACCGGUUUACCCCUCAAGGAUCGAAUUGCUGUAGCGUUACGAUUUCUUCCGGACGAGGAAAUCUUUCAUUGGUUAGAUGGUGUGGCACGUGACAUGGUGUCUUCAGGUUGCUUGGAAGGAAUUUUACUCACAGGGCUUCAACCAUCGAUGAACCUCAGUAUCAAUGGUGAAGCUCAGGUUUCUGAUGGAUUCAAACUUUUAAAAAAUCACAUCAAUCGGACUGGCGAUCUUCAAAGUGUAGCCUUAUCAAUUUAUUUAUUAGUACCUGAUAGAUUACAUUCUUAUGGGAUGGAACGGUGUAUAGAAAGUUACAGAAGAUUAUUAGAUCGAUGGAAACUUUAUACAGUUAGGAUUAAAUUUGAUAUAGCUCGAGGAAAAAAAGCAAGAGAAAUCACAAGUUCUCAAAAAUCAUCAAACUUACCUUCUCUUGUACCUUUAGCUCCACCUCAAUUGAUUAUUUGGUGUCAACAUUGUUCUGAAGUUUUAUCUGAUGCACCCAAUGUUACGGCUCAUUUGAAUAGUAUUUCGUCUAUUCCUGAUCUGGGUACUACUAAUACAUCAAAUCUUCAUGGUUCGAAUCUUGCUAGUAUGGCUAGUUUUAAGAAUGUUGGACCUACACCUGUGGCCUAUCGAACAAACCGAUGUCCUGGAUGUGGUAAAUCUUUACGAAAAUGUGCAAUUUGUCUAAUGUCUAAUAGUAAUAAAACGUACACGCAAUUCUCAAGUGGCGUUCUGUGGAAAGUCCUGUGUUUAUGAAUCGAAACCCUUUCGUCUGUCAUAGGUUUCUUUUCAUCUAAAGCCUUCUCGACCAUAUCUCAAGCCUUUGAAAGCUGUGACACGUUAACGCACCUCGGUUCUUGCUCUUCCCCAAUGUCUUUGCCAAAUAUGCUACAAUCAUUUUUGAAGAUAUCGACUUCACUGUGGUUACUGUGGAUUUAUAGGUCGAAUGUGGCAACUGUAGCUGGUCAAAAUGUUGAAUGUAACGUAGAAUUUUCACUGAACUCGGACGGUAAAGGAGUGUGCAAGCAUCUUGGAUCGUCUACCACAGAUACAUAUCACUGCCCUCAUUCACGGUGCUGGUGUCAAAAUAAUCAGUGGAUUCCAAUUUCUGCAUGCCGCCUGCGAGGAUCUGGAGUUCCCGGCACAAGUUCUCAACAAUGUGCAACAUAUGAUCUCGUGGCAGGCAAUAGUUUCAAUUGUAAAAACCCCGCAGGUAUAGCUUAUACAUGCCAUCCAGACCAUUAUCCUCCUGUCAUAAUAUGUGACACUUGCACAUUGAUACCAGAUUCGUAACACUCAUAACUACUUCGGAGCUGCUGAGGGGCUGUUGAGGUUCCUGAUUGGUGAUCUGCAAUAGAAUCUGAUUGAGUAGUUGUCCGUCAUCGAGAAGCAUUGAGACCCAUCAGGACACAAUGUGUGACAGAUAUGACAGUGUUUAAAGAACAAUUCAGUCCAUAAAACAAUUACCAUAAUGCAGUAGUGCAAAUGAAACAAUACACCAAAGUAAAUUUCAUCAU